GGUAAUGAAAAUGGCAAAAAGGGCAGAGAAAACAGGGUCUUAAAUCCACGAAAAUGGGAGCCGAGCCUUUGCUUCCCACUGCCAAUGAGUCUGAACCCGCCGCCCCUCUUAUUCUUGGUCUUCAACCCGCUGCCCUCAUCGACCAUGUUGCCCGUGUCGAUCCCUCUCUUCUCGAUCGAAUUCCCGGCGACCGCGGUGGCUCAAUGCCUGUGGGAAUGGAAGAGCUUGAGAAUAUACUGAGGGAGGUGAAAUCAUAUAUCCUUUCCUCGCCUGAUGUGCUGACUCCUUUCAAGACAAUAGCGGGGGGAAGUGUUGCCAACACAAUUCGAGGAUUGAGUGCGGGGUUUGGAGUCAGCUGUGGAAUUAUUGGCGCCUAUGGCGAUGAUCAGCAAGGAAAAUUGUUUGUCUGUAACAUGAGCUCCAAUGGGGUCAAUCUCUCAAGAUUGAGGAUGAUUAAAGGUCCCACAGCUCAGUGUGUUUGCCUGGUCGAUGCAAUGGGAAAUCGCACAAUGCGACCCUCUCUCUCAAGUGCAGUCAAAGUUCAGGCAAAUGAACUGACUAGAGAUGACUUCAAAGGAGCUAAGUGGCUUGUAAUGAGAUAUAGUAUAUUUAACAUGGAAGUUAUUGAAGCGGCUGUAAAGAUGGCCAAACAAGACAAAGUUUUUGUAUCCUUGGAUUUGGCCAGUUUUGAGAUGGUUCGGGAUUUUAGAUCGCCUCUUCUCCAGCUACUAGAGUCUGGGGAUAUAGACCUUUGCUUUGCGAAUGAGGACGAAGCAAAAGAGUUGAUAGGUGGUGAGAAAGAUGCUGAUCCUGAAGUUGCUCUAGAAUUUCUUGCGAAGCACUGUCAAUGGGCUGUCGUGACAUUAGGCGCCAAUGGUUGUAUCGCUAAGCACGGAAAAGAGAUUGUCCGAGUUCCAGCAAUAGGGGAAUCAAAGGCGACCGAUGCCACCGGAGCAGGCGACCUGUUUGCGAGCGGAUUUUUGUACGGAUUAGUGAAGGGAUUAUCUCUGGAGAAAUGCUGUCAAUUGGGGUCGUGCAGCGGUGGUUCUGUUAUCCGUUCACUUGGGGGUGAGGUCACCCCAGAGAAUUGGCAAUGGAUGCACAAACAUUUGCAGAUCAAAGGGCUUCCUGUCCAAGAGAUCCCUCAAUGAUCAAUCAUUUUUCUCAUGUCACUAUCAUUGUCCCAUCCAUUUUCAUUAUCAUGAAUUUUGUCUCUUAAACAGGCACAUCUCUUUCAUUAUUGGGAUGGCUGAACUUUCCUCCAAAUUUCAUGGAAGGAUAAGUAAUUUGAAGUCUUUGAUAAUCUCUGGCAUAUGGCUUUUAUGCUUAUA